CUUAUGGGCACAACAGCACAAAUACCUCUGCAUAUACCUUGAACACUUCAAUACCACACCAAGGUUUGUCCCUUCGCAGCCAACCAGUUCCUUGAAUUAGUUACGCUUGUCAUACUUAUCCAUCUCACUAACAAACCUACAGGUUCCCAAAGUUGUGUUUCAUCACACGUCACCUUUGUCUCCGUUCGUGAACUAUAGGUCUUCUGAACCGAAUUCAAGAUGGCCGACGAGGACUUUGAGAUCGAUGUCUAUGGAGGCAACUCCGGCGACAAUGAGUCCAACAUGCAAGAUACCAACACGCAAGCCUAUGACAACAAUGCCGCUAUUACGGUGGCGAAUGGUUCUAACAACUCUUCGCACAACCAGUCCAAUAACCACAACCACGACAAUCAUGAGCAAGACCAACAUCACAUGGACACAGCACAUGAUGACACCCCUACACAACCGCAGCAAGGAGUCAAGCGCAAGUCAGAAUCUGACAGUCGCCCUGUCGACCUAGGCGCCACAAAUUCGCUUCUGAUCUCCGAACUUAACUGGUGGACGACAGAUGACGAUGUCCGCAAAUGGGCACGGCAGGCAGACUGCGAGGGUGAGCUGAAGGACGUUACGUUUAGCGAACACAAGGUCAACGGCAAGAGCAAAGGUCAAGCAUAUCUGGAGUUUGAUUCGCAACAGGCCGCUACCGCCACAAAGCGUGAGAUUGAUGCAUCUGACCCAGCUCAGCCUGGUGCGAAGAAGUACAGCGUCAUAUACUCGUCGCCCAACAACAACCCCUUCCGCACCUUGCCCAAGGACGCACCGGCAAGAGGCAACAGGGACCAAGCCACCCGAGGCAGUUCCAGUGGGGGCUCCUACAAUGAUCGCGGUGGCCAGAACACUGGCGGCAACUUCAACGGCGGAUACCGAGGUCGCGGUGGGUUCAAUGGACCCCGCGGUGGUGGUUUCAACCGUGGCUUCUCCGGAGGCAACGGCGGUGGCUUCAACAAUAACAUGGGUGGAGGCUACAACAAUCCCAUGGGAGGCGGCAAUUUCGGCUUCAACCGCGGCGGGGGUAUGAUGGGCGGGGGCAUGAGAGGUGGUCCUGGCGCUAUGCGUGGCGGCCGUGGCGGCAUGAACAAUGGCAUGAUGGGAGGUAUGGGUCCCAUGGGUGCUAUGCCGAUGGGAGGUAUGCCCGGUGGUAUGGGUAUGAUGGGUGGUGGCAUGCAAGGUACGUCUGUCCUCUGCGAGUCAACAUAUUCGAAUUCACUCCUGGUGUCUCCUUGUAACCCUGGUCCUUGCCGGUGACACUAACCUGGACUUAAUGCCCUCGUUCGCCCAACUUUGGCUUCACCCUCUCUCCCUCCCUUUCCUUCCUUUUCACAUUCUUACUUUCCGCACUUUGGAUACCCCUACUUACAUGCCGGAUAGGCUUCCAAGGCAUGCCGCCGCAAUUUAAUCCUGGAUUCUUUGGCCAAACUCAAUCAGGGGGCAACGAAUGGCAGAAUCCUCACGGUGCUAAGAGGCCGCGUGGGGAAUAGAAUUCUCAACCGUGCUCUGGCCUUCCGGGGCAGCCAAACGCGA